AUCUGCACUGGAGAGUCUUGGUGCAACCCCGAAACUCUUCCCCCGGCACUUCAGGAGAGGUAGCAGGUGAAUGUGAGCAUAAUGUCAGGUAGAAAGUCCCGGUUUGUGGCGAACCCUCUGGAGUCUGCGAUCACCACACCGAGUGAGAGGAUACUGAAGGAAUGCCACAGUUUGUAUGUGGACAGUGACAACGGCCUAGUGAAGAUAGCCAGCAGCAUUGGAGUCCGACUCCUGCCUCCCAGAAAGAAGAUCAUCGUGAUGAUAAUGGGUAACCACUCUGCAGGAAAGAGCUCCUUCAUUAACUGGUAUGUUGAAGAGCACAUACAGAAAACAGGCGUUGCCAUUGAAACACAGGGGUUUACGUUCAUCACAAGUGGUCGCAAAAGAGAAUCUUUGACGGGGAAUGCGACGCUACAUCUCUACCCGCACUUUCGACCACUCCUUGAGUUCAAAGGUGUUACCGACUACCUGUCUGCGGAGAUCUCCACCUCUAAGCAGAAGAAGUUCAGCCUGGUGACAUUUGUGGACACUCCGGGUUUGGUAGACGGGGACAUGAUCUAUCCUUUCGAUGUGAACAGCGCCAUCACAUGGUUGGGAGAACAGGCCGACCUGAUCUUUGUGUUCUUUGACCCAAUGGGCCAGGCACUGUGCAAGCGCACACUAAACAUUGUGGAGAGGCUGAGUGAGAAAUGUGGAGACAAGCUGUUGUUCUACCUCAGCAAGGCAGAUGAAGCUGGGAAGGAAACCGACAGACAGAGGGUAAUGAUGCAGAUAGUCCAGGAACUGUGUCGCCGUCCAGGUCUCAACAAAUGUGGUUUUGAAAUGCCGACAAUAUACAUCCCCAAUCCACAGAAGCCGAGCAGGUGUGUGAACCAGAUCGAUGCGGUUUGUCAGACCAUCGAGAAAACCAUCAACCAGGCCGUUCAGAAGACCUUGGAUCAGCUGGAGAAAGACUGUGACCUAAUUUGCUCCACCAUCAGCAACAGACUAGAGCAGGACAGGGCUGAUGUGACUUACAAGAGAAACAUCCGUCUUCACUCGUUCUUGUGUGGUGCUCUGGGCAUUUUUCUUCCUCUCCUCUUCAUCCUCAGUUUGAUUGUGAACACCUUCUCCAAAGAACAGCUGGAUGAGCUAUUGGGUGAAGGGCCAGCUCGCACCCUCACUGUCCUCGCAGGAAUAGUCAUGUAUUUAUGGGACUGGAUACCAGAAGACGGACAGGUUAUGUUUGUGAUCAUUUUGGGGGCUUUUUGCUACCUCCUGCUUUUCCUAGCAAAGUAUUUUGCAGGGUAAGUGUGACAAGUACAUCAGCAACUAUUUGUUUUAUAGUUAAUUGUUUAAGUCACAUUUUUCUAUAGUACAUGAAUUGGUUUCAGCUUCUGAAUUUGGAAGGUUUUCACGAAUCAGUCUAAACUCUUGUUUGGGGUUUUGGACUGUUGAUUGGACAAAUAAAAAAAUUUAAAAGACAUGUUGAAAUCCUGAUGGACACACC